GUCUCAUUUAAGGUUUAUUUAGGAUUGAAUUUUUGUAAAACAAUCAAAAUUCCUGUUUGAUUUCAAGCACAAGCGUCGCGUGAUGAUUGGAGACGGGGUGUACGAGAGUCGCCUGAAGGCAGCACGGGCUUGUGCGUGCACAGUGCUGACGAGUCGCUUGCCUGUAGAAACGGCUGGUGGUUUCUGUCAGCAAACUCGCUGGAUUUAUCGCAACAUUACCGCGAAUAAAAGUUCCCAGUUGACUCGAAAGUGACGUAAAACGCUGUGGUGUGAAUGCUUGUUCCCGUUCCUCUGACAGCCGGGGCAUGUCAUCCAGCGAGGGUCAUUCUCCCGGGCCGUGCAGCGUUUCAUUAAGUGCCCGGUGUGGUAGCGGCGUUGGCUUCUUCUUGUUAGCCAUCUUUUGAGCGCAAACGUCGGUUUUGACUUUUUGCAACGGGGGCACUUUUAGAGGCCGUGGGGCAUUCUGGUAGAGGAUUUAAGUCUGGGCUCCCAAUGGCGCACAUUCAUUAUAAAUUCUCCUCUAAACUCAGCUACGACACAGUGGUUUUUGACGGCCCGCACAUCACGCUGACUGAUCUGAAGAGACGAAUUAUGGGUCGGGAAAAGCUAAGAGCCGGAGACUGUGACCUGCAGAUCACCAACGCGCAGACCAAAGAAGAGUAUACUGAGGAUGAGGAGUUGAUUUCCAAAGGAUCUUCCGUCAUUGUCAGAAGAAUUCCCAUCAAUGGAGUCAAAUCCAGCUCCAGCAGCAAGACUCAGAACACUGAACGAUCACAUGGGUACAUCUUUGGGGCCAGCAGAUCCCAAAUGGAGGACCAGAGUUCUACUAAAUCAUUUUUUGCCAAGAUGCAGAUGGCUAAUCUAGUGGAUGCAGAUGUGCCAGAAGAGGAUAAGAUUAAGGUUAUGAUGAAUCAGUCCAACUACAGCACCAUGAACUUGAACACAAAGCUUGGUACCGUCCUUCCAGAGAACUACACUUGUUUCCGCUGUGGAAAUGCUGGACACCAUAUUCGAAAUUGUCCAACCAGUGGGCAGGACAAACACUUUGAAGCUCCUCAGAGACUGAAGAAGAGCACAGGAAUUCCUCGCUCUUUCAUGGUUGAGGUGGAUGAUCCCAACAUCAAAGGUGUCAUGGUAACCAACUGUGGGCGCUACGCAAUUCCUGCUAUUGAUGCUGAGGCGUACGCCAUCGGCAAGAAGGAAAGGCCUCCAUUUUUACCGCAGAAGCAGCCCAAGUCUGAAAGCGAGGAUGAUCCGGUCCCUGAUGAACUUCUUUGCCUCAUAUGCCGCGACCUGCUGGAUGAUGCCGUGGUCAUACACUGCUGUAGAAACAGCUACUGUGAUGACUGCAUUCGAACCACAUUACUUGACUCGGAUGAUCAUGUUUGCCCCACGUGUGGUCAAUCCUCUGUUUCCCCAGACAGCCUGACAGCCAAUAAAUUUCUCAGACAGGCUGUUAACAAUUUUAAGAAAGAGCGAGUGGGUGGAAACAGCUUGAGGAAAAAGCCUGCCAUCACCACGCCUCAGAAUUUAACUCCAUUACCUGGUCCUGCCCUGCCCCCUCUCACUCUAAAAAAGCUUCUACAGCCACAGCACAUGCAACAGGAUUCUCAACUGAACCAUCAGACAGCUUCAAAGCGACCAUCAUGUCGCGCUUCUGACGUCGUCCUGCCUGUAGCAACAGAUCUCGCCGGGGGUAGUGGCUCAUCUAAAUCUUCUCUGUCAGCACAAAGCCUCUUGACAGCUAGAAUUGAGACUGAAGGAAAGAUGCACAACAACUCAUCCACUGUUUCCCUCGACAAAGAACCUGUGGAUAGUCUGUCAAAGCUGGUUUCAGAGGUCAGCCAAACUCAAGUGUCUGAAGUGAAAGAAAAGCUUUCCUCCUCAGAUCCAGUCGUGGGAUUGUCUGGAUCAUCCUCUACCUGGGACGGCAAUACAUUGUCUUCCACAUGUACUUCCUCUGGAAGCUUGACUGAAUCCAACUCCCAGCAGCCUAGAAACUCCCACUCCUCCUUAUCUUCCUCGCCGUCCUUCUCUUUUCUCUCACCAUUCUGCCCCAACUCGCUCAUCAACACACCAAUCCCAACAGGCCAACUUAACAGCACUUACCAACCAACCCUGACCACCUGGACACUUCCCCCCGGGGACGCCCCUUCUUCUGCCCCCAUUCCCAAGAAAUGGUACGGUUACCAUAAAAACGAUAGAGACAGGGAUUCCCCUUCUCAUUUCAAGCCCAAGACGUCCCAUUCCUAUGGCCUUUCAUCCACUCACUCUAGAUCCAGUCACAGAGACUUGCACCCCCAGUCAUACCCAUCCACCUAUAGUUUCGGUUACAAACGGCCUCCUUCCUCCACAUCCUCAUCCUCUUCUCCCCGCUGUGGCCACCAUUCUAGAUGUAACUCCUCCUCCCACCACCAGAAGAACCGCUGUCACACCCGUCACUCUCACAAGGGCUCGGCUUUAAGGAAUCUCAGCUCCAGGAGGCACGGAAAAUGUGCCAGGAAGGAGGCGGCGGGCCCAUCACGCGCUUACGCAGACACCCCAAACGGCCCCCUGGAGCUGGACUUGCAGCUCUACCUGCAGUGGAGGAAGGAGUUCCAAGCCUGGUACGACAAGAGCUACACCCACUUUCACCAGAUGCUUCUGCCUCCUCCUCCUCUUCCUCCUCAUCCUCAGGAUUCUCACAGCUCAGGCCGGAACAGUAACAGGACAAAUGACCACUCCCCAUUGUCUGAGCACUCCAGCUUCAGCCGCUCCCCUUCCUCUCAGUCUUCAACUGACAGCUGCUCCACCACUUCCCGCUCAUCAAGUGACAUCUCCUCUGAUAAGGCCAAUGAAGGUCACUCCCCUCCCUCUUGGACAUCCAGCGGGGGUCGCCGCACGACAUCGGAAGACAAAUCUCAGCUGAGGGAACUUCCAGAGAGCUGCACUGAGAAAAGCAAAGAAAUAUAUCUACACAAAACAAUCGGCAAGCAACAACUCAGCCCGCAGACUCAAAACCAAAAGGAGGAAAAUGUGUUUCAGAGGCGAGUGCGUGAUGGGGCAUCAUCUCCAGCUUCUGCAGACUUUUUAGAUCAGAGCAGAGAGGAGAAUCAAACUGAAACAACCACCAGGAAUCCUUCAGACUCAGUCCAACCUCUCACAAAACUUGAAAAAUCUUUAGACAGAGAGCAGGAAAGAAAAUCCAAAGAAGAAAAGGGUUUGGAAAGAAACCAAAGCAGAAAGAGGGAAAGCAGGGAAUUGACCUCCAGAGAGUGCGAGGAAAAAAAACAAAGAACUAAUAGCCACACACAGCUUGGCAAGACAGAAACAGGAAGAGCCGAACAUAAGAAAAUAAUGAGAAAAAGGAAAGACUCUGAAAGUCUUGAAAGGAGUGAUACUGUUGGACCUCAAAACAGCACAUUUCAGAAAAAUGCAGAAAACCCUGAAAGCAACAGAAAAAAGUCUCCAAGUCGAAAAAAGCAAAAGAUGGAGAAGAUGUCUUCAACAGAGAAAGACAUCUGGGAAGGAGGGAUGAAGGUGAUACCUCAGAAGAAGAUAAGCAUUAACAUCAACCUGGAAGGAAAAAUGAAGGAGAGAAAUGACAGAGAGAAAUCCGCUUCCUUUAAUAUGAAUUGUAAGGAAAAAACAGUGGAGACUAAUGAAAGAGAAAAGAAUCAGUAUGGAGAAAGGUCAGAAAAAACAGUGGAUAAACUAAUAGACUCAAAUCAGGAAGAAACGGCUAAAGAAAAAAUAAAAUCAGAUGAAAAGGAAGCUGUAGUAACAGAUUAUAAAAAGGAAGAAUGUUGGAAAAACUCAGAUAAAGAAGAGCAAAAUGACACAGAGAAGGAAUAUUUAGAAUUAUGGCACUGUACCCUCUCCACUGCAGGAGAGGAUGACGGAACAAUAAGAAAAGAAGUGGAGGGUGUAGGGGAUCAGGGUGGAGCACAAAAAGUCAGUACAGAGCAAAAAAGAAAAACUGACUCAAGAUGCAGAGAGGCAGCAAAGAAGUUCAGCUCAAAGAGUCUCCACCAUGGGCAGAAGAAGAGUCCGGAUAAUGGGAGUAGUUUCUCUGUGGGAGGAAGCUGUGGAGAAGAAGGCAGUCUGGAAAGAAGGACUACAGAGAAAAUGGAGGAGGAAAAAGUUCAGGACCGAGAUGAAGCAAGGCAAAGUGAACAAAUUCCUUGUGAUGAAGAGCGGAAAAAUGAAGAGAAACAUGGACAGAUCACAGCUAGCUCAAGUUCUCCCACUGUGGUUCCUUCUGAUCUUUCAGAACCAAAGAACAGCACUGAAAUGGAGGAACACAGUAAACGACAGGGACAACCCUCUAGCGAAAGAGGGAGGGACAAGGAUUUAGCUCCCUCUAGGGGCACAAAGAGUAGUUUGAGCGCAAACCGAGAUAUAGAAAGAAGGGAGAGAUGCAGACGGGAGAACUACGCUCAACAGGAAACCAAACGAUUAAAACAAGAAACAAGAGAAGAAGAAGGAAGAAAAUUCACUUCCGUGCAAAAAAGAAACCUGCCCUCCCCUUUGUUACAGGAAGCAGAAAGAAAUGACCAGCAGCACCAUAGGGGGGGCUAUUCUAGUAGAAAAACAUCUUGCAGUUCACGAGAAAAGGAAAGCACCUCAGUUGGUGAAGUGAGCGGCCUCCCUUAUCACGGUGUAUCCAAAACGCAGAGAGACUACAGCGUCCGCCGCUCCAGCUAUCACCCAGCUUCAUCAGUCAAUCAAAGAGAUAAAGAGAAACCAGCUCGAAGCCACCUCUCUCCUCCUUCCCUUUUUUACAACCACUUUGAUUCAUCCGGUAGCCUUCACCGGGGUACCAACUGGCCCCCUAAAAGUCGAAACGAGAGAGGAGAGUGCAGGUCAGAUGGCAGUCAGUCAGCCAGAAAAGAACAAAGGAGUCGAAGGGAUGAGGAGGAGCAAAAGCAGCGACCCAGUAGGGGCAGCAGUGGUGGUGGCAAUGCUCGCUCAUCAGACAGCAGCAGAGGGAAACUGAAAAACCACAGAAAGGAGAUGUCGCACAACUGCAGGAGCAGCCAGCUGCGGAAAAUGCAAAUGUAAUGAGCAAAAAAAGAGCAGUAAGAAAACCGCAUUGAACGAUGUUUUUCCUUUUUUCUGACCAUCAUGUCGCUGAAUCUAUUUUAUGCCCUUUGGUUUCUGUUAUUAUUUAAAUAAAAGGGAUCUCAUCAAAAAAACUGUCAAAAUGUAGACAAAUCCAAAAGCUGCAAAGUGAACGCACUUUAUGGAUCACAUGACCCCUGUGAGUUUGUUUGAGUUAAAAGAAUUUGCACACGAGCACCACUUCCUUUCCGAGCGCCAGCAACUCUAGUUCAGAUUUACCCAACCUGCAAAGUUCCAGCUGGAAUGUGAGGAAUCUAGCACGCUGACAAAAACUGAGUCAGUAAUUUAAUUUGCCUCACACAGGGGUGCGUAUCCGCCACUAUCCAAAGAGGGCUGUGAUUUAAUUCGAAGAGGGCUUAUGAUUUCAACCUCUGUACUUGAAUUUUUUUCUUCUUUGCUGAUGUAAAUGUUUGUUUUAAUUACAACUGCUGAACGGCAAAAUUAUUUAUCACUGUUUAGUGUUUAUUUACUGCUUUUGAAGGAUAUAAAAAGCAAUCCAUGCAAAUCAG